AUGGCGGAAGGCAAGAAGACCGAUGAUUAUACAAUCGAGAUGGAUAAAAUAGAUCAGGGGAGCAAGAAUUUCGAAGCUGCUGCGCCGCCUCAGCCUAGAAGUGUCCCUUCCAGUUCGCUCUCCAACAACCCUUUCCUGCCUGUAUUGGCAUAUUGUGGAUCGUCAAUUUUGAUGACUGUCAUGAACAAAUAUGUUCUUUCUGGGUUGGACUUUAAUCUCAACUUCUUUCUUCUCUGCGUUCAGUCCAUUGUUUGUAUUAUUGCGAUCCAGACGUGCAAAUUUUGCGGUAUUAUCACGUACCGUGACUUCAGUGCAGAUGAAGCAAAGAAGUGGUUCCCUAUCAGUUUGCUUCUCAUUGGAAUGAUUUACACUGGCUCCAAAGCGCUUCAGUUCCUCUCUAUCCCGGUAUACACUAUCUUCAAGAACCUAACAAUCAUCCUCAUUGCCUACGGGGAGGUCCUCUGGUUUGGUGGCUCCGUUACCGGCCUUACCUUGUUCUCCUUUGGACUCAUGGUACUCAGUUCCAUCAUUGCUGCAUGGGCCGACAUCAAGCAUGCUGUUGAGAGCAGUGGAGAUACGAGCGCCCAAGUCUCAACACUCAAUGCUGGAUACAUAUGGAUGUUGAUUAACUGUCUCUGCACAUCAUCCUAUGUCCUAGGAAUGCGCAAGAGAAUCAAGUUAACCAAUUUCAAGGACUUCGAUACCAUGUUCUAUAAUAAUUUGCUGUCGAUCCCUGUCCUUGUUGUUCUUACAGGUUUGAUGGAAGACUGGUCUUCCGUUAACAUCAACCGCAACUUCCCUACAACCGACCGUAGUAGCAUCAUGUUUGCGAUGAUCCUGUCUGGUUUGUCCUCGGUAUUUAUCUCUUACACCUCAGCCUGGUGUGUUCGCGUGACAUCCUCAACCACUUAUUCUAUGGUUGGAGCCCUCAACAAAUUGCCCAUCGCUCUGUCAGGGUUGAUUUUCUUUGAUGCUCCGGUAACAUUUCCCGGUGUUUCCGCUAUUGUUGUAGGCUUCGUCAGUGGAAUCGUAUAUGCGAUCGCCAAGAUCAAGCAAAACGCCAAGCCAAAGACUGGUGUCUUGCCGACUUCCAAUCCACUUGUCAGCGCUAGCAGUCAAAGUAUGAGGGAUUCACUGCGGUCUUGA